UAUAAAAUCAAUAAAAGGGUAAAACAUCCAAAGGGGAUGAAUACUUUUAAUAGGCACUGUAUUUAUUUCUUUGAAUGUUAGAAAUUAAGCAGGUUAUACUAAAAGGUAGUUAAUGAAUUGUGCAGUGGCUGGGCCUUUUAGGCUUUAUCACACAAUGGUAUUCAAGACAAAAAGUGUCUGAUCAAUAUGCAGGCCCUGAGGGAAACAUAUUCCCAAGCUAGAUGUUACUGAAUAUAUUUGGUGUGCAGGGCCAAAUUACUGCUGACACAAUUUUAUUUUGAUGUUAUAGCUUUGUCAGGAGUCUCUAGGAAGUGUUUUAUUUCCUUUUGUGUCUUUCAUUUAAGGUUUAUAAGGGAUGAUGCAACAUCACAGCAAAAAAGACCCUCAGACCAUUGCUGCUACAGUUACUCAUCCGCUGUCUUCAAAGGUUCUUUGUGUUUAGAUGUGGUUUUAUAUAUGUUUAUUUGUUGGUUGUAGUCUGUGAUCCCUUCAGGGGUUCUUUUGCUUAUGUGUCUGGUGGAUUGUUGUUGAUUUUGACAAAAGACACAUUUGCACCAUGAGUGAAGUUAUCAACCGAGUUAGACUUUCCACCUGUGGCUUUAGGUGCUCCUAAAGUACACAUUCAUUAGAAUGUAUUGCCCUGCUGUUUUUUGCAUGUUUCUCACUAAUCAGUAAGUAGGAUGCAAGUGGAAAUAUGUAGCUGAAAUAUGUUAAGCAGCUGAAGCUUAGCUAAUGCAUAGAAAUGAUUUUUUUUUUUACAUUUAUUUGAAAAUCGGGCCCCCAGAGCAUCUGCUAAGAUAAAAAGCUGACCCUUGUACUAAUGUCAUUGAUGACCCCUGGUAUAGUGCAGAAUACAUAGUAAACUGCAAACUAUAUGUGCCCCUACAAUAUCAACUUCUUGCUAGCUAUUUCAGCUGUAUAUAAAUAAAGCUGUGUACUUCCACUUUUUGCUUGUACUCAAUGCCUUGCAUUAACAUUACAUUUUGCCCAGUUAAAGUUUUAUUUUAGUGACUGGGGUUAUUAAUGAAGUUGUUUAAGGUGUUUUUUUUUUUGUUUGUUUGUUUGUUUUUUACCAUUACUCAUAAAUUUGAUUUCUACUCUCUUAAAAAUACUUUUUAAUCUCCAAAAUGUUCUGGUGUUAUAAUUUGAUUCUGCAUGCUAUGGCUAAAGUAGCCCUAGGCUACAAACAUGAUGGAACUAGAGGAACUGAUAGAUCAUUCAGAGCUACUGUAUUAACAGUAGCAGAGGGACAGAGAGGGCUUGGGUCAAAGGAAGCAGUAGUGGCAGCGUUCUAAAUAUAGUCUCCCCUCCGCACUAAAUACCAAUGACAACAGACAACAUGCAGUCACUCUGUCAGUCCGAUCAGGCUGCAGCCCCCCUCUUCCCACCCACAAGCCCCAGAGCUGGGGAGUGCCAGCACCCACACGAGUUACACUGCCUCACUUUUCUGACUUCCUAUACUGUGGGGAGAAGCAGAGAUCAAGACUUCCCCCCUGAGGGACCUUCAGGACAGGGGCAGCCAUGUCACAGUUCUCCACCAUGACGACCAGAGAGAGGAAAAUGCAGGCCGCAGCAAUCUGCAGAGAGGUCCAAGCCCUGGAAGAUGUAGAGAUGGAUCUUGGGAAGAAAGUAAGCAUACCAAAGGACAUCAUGCUGGAGGAGCUAUCCUUGGCCUCAAACCGGGGUUCCCGACUCUUCAAAAUGCGCCAGAGACGCUCUGAAAAAUACACAUUUGAGAGCAUCCAGAACCAAAACAACAAGCAGAUCAAUGACAUAGUGGUCUCUCAAACUGAGAACGGGAAUGCCACAGACAAACAGACUCCUGAGAACAACUUGGAAGCAGAACAAACCCCAGUUAUGAAAGUUGUGCCAAAUCCAGACAGUAUCGCCCCCGGAUAUGGAGGUCCUUUGAAAGACGUUCCUCCAGAGAAGUUCAACAGCACAGCUGUACCAAAGUCCUACCACUCGCCCUGGGAGCAGGCCAUCAUCAACGACCCUGCGUUGGCUGACACUAUUGUUAACUGUAUGCCUGCACCUGAGCCGCAACCAGACCGACCAGGAUACAAAAGUUUCAACAGGGUAGCAACUCCAUUUGGUGGAUUUGGCAAGGCACCCAAACCUCCACCCAUCAAGUCUUCCAACAUGGAACCUCUCCUCGACUACCCUGAGCUCCAGGCGAACACAACCAUCGAUCGACCUUCCUUCAACAGAGCUGCGCUGGGCUGGAUGUCAGCAGGCAAUUCAGUGUCCCUCCCAAUUGUUUCUCUUGAGCCUGUGCUCAUCCCUGAGUCAGAUGACCUUUGAAACCCUAAUGAAGCCAUGUCUUGUUAGUUAAGACAACAGAGAUUAUAGUAAGCGGGGCAACAUGUUGAGUACAGGCAAAAGUGUCCUAUUGAACCUUGAAGGUUCAAGUGAUCAUGUUUGCAGAUGAUGGCAGAGUUUUCUGGGAUGUUAACAAAUGCACCUCUUAAUAAAAUAAACAAUGGCUAUGUACAGUAAACAAACAAAGCAAUGGAAUAAAUGGAAUUUGUUGUAUAUUAAUGUGCAUAAAGAUAUUUUAUCUUGCAGACAUAUUUGUGUCUAAUAAAAUAGUGUAAAAAGCACAAAAUCAAAGUUAUGUUUG